AUCGAGCGAUGCAGCCCAAAGCCCGCACCCGAGGAGGCUCGGGCUCCACAGCCGUGCGUGGCCGCUGCCAUCACUCCGUUAUCUGCAGCGAGAGCACCACAAUCAUAUUGUUUACAAUGGAGAUAUACCUUAAUGACAUUAUAUCUAGGUUUUCAGAAAGUUGCCUGGAAAAUGUACCAACUCUUUCUUCAACUUCUUCUUGGGUAGAAGGUAAAUUGUGUUUAGAUACCAUUACAAGAACUUUAAAUUCUACUUACUGGAUACUUAAUAUAAUUUAUAAAAAAGGAAUCUACUAAGACGAUCAGAAGAUACUAAUGUACUACUACUAUACCUACGAUCAUGUCUAAAUAAAUUUAUGUAUUAUAAUUUCCCAUUUACCUUAGCUGAAGAUAAACCAAUAGCUGAACAGGCAGCCUAGUCUUUCUUAUUUAAAAAAAUCUUAUACCUACAUAGCGUACUCUACCUAUCCUAAAACAAAAAGCCUGUAUAAAAAGAUCAAUUAAUGUGAAAGAAGCAAUGUAAAUAUGCGUAGCAAGUGGAAAGGUGUAGUCCCUGCCCUGCCUACCCCUCUGGGAAAGAUAUAGGAGUCACGAUGUUUGUAACUAUGUAAUUUUAAACACCAAAAGUAUAAUCACCAAACAAAAACUGUAAAUUACUAAAGAAUUAAGUAUACUUAAUUAUGAUUAUCUAAAUAAUAAACAGAAACUCUUAUUUUCAUGACAGCAGGCUCACAGAAAAGAAGUUUUACUGGAACGAGAGAAGUCGGUCGCUAGGGGGAGAGGGUGAUCGAGGGUGACCGAGGAGGCAUCGGCGGCGCCCGGACGCCUCGCGGCCGUGAACCGAAACUUCGGAAACUUCUGCCGUAUUGUGUUUACAUUGAACUUUGUUAUGUGGGUUAAAGUUAAGCCAGAGUUCAACGUAUGUGGCGCUCGUUUUACUCGAUUGCAAAGUUAACUCUCAAGUUUAUGGCAUCGAUUUUCAUCUUAUGUUUAUCAGAUGUUUCAAGGUUGUCGCUAUCGAUUAUGGAGUUUCAUGUGUUUUAUCUUCUCAUAUGUAGAAUUACAUUGUGUGCCACUGGUAUCAAUCUAAGCAGGCAUCGUGGCACUGAUAGGUACGGCCAUGUCGUAUCAUACAGGCUCAAGGCAAGUUUUUUAGGUCAUAGUAUAACGUACACAGUGUAUUUCAUGACACGUAUCUUCAAAUAGAGUGUUCUUUUGUUUUCCAGCUAUUAUUCCUUUUAUUUUAUUAUAAUAUAUAUAAAUAUAUUAAUAUUCCCCAUGUUAUUUAUUUACGUGGUCAAGAAAUAUUCGAGCUGAAACUCUUAAUGUAAGUUGAUCGAUACAUCAUCCAUAUACAAAUAGAUCAGAGCAGCACAAAGCUUACAAUACGUAUAUUUUGGGCUUUAAUAUCAUAUUCCCUUUGCUCUCCAACCUGUAGUCUGUAGUUACAAGCUGACUAUAUUGGUUAAAAUACUUAUAGCUAGUGCAAUCAAAAUCAAAUCCAAAAUGAUUUAGAUUAAACGAGUCGCAGAAGUCAACGGAUGUUGCUAGGUAUUAUGUAUAGGUAUUAGGAUUUUAGAGAUUUACGUAAGCGAACAUUGUACUGAAUACAUUUCCAAACAUAGCAGGAGGAGUACUACCGAAGUAUCGUUGAAGACAACAAAAAGGAUAAUAGUAAUAUCCACUUUAUUUAAGUACUCAUUCUCCAUAAAUUCAUAAAGUUAUGCCUUUUCUCAUAGAAGGAAGCAGAGAGCAAGAGUAAUUACUACGAUCCUUGCAUACCUACUUAAAUUUUUUCAUGCAAGAUGUACUCUUGAUGCGAUCUUUAAGCUCGAACGAACCCGGUAUAGUCUUUCGAUUCCGACGUUUCCAUUUAAUGCUAUGUGGUUUUCGGUUGUUUAGAUUAUGACUACUCCAUUUCUUUCUCAUGGAGUGAUCCUAAUCUAAUCUUUUAUAAAUUAUAAAAGGUGAGUAAAGACAUAAACAUAAUCUUAAUUUGCAAGCUUUAUCAGUGAAGAAAAGAAUUAUAAUAACUGCUUGUCUUUCUGUGUAGAUUGUAAGAGUCCAUCAAAAGAAUGGUUAAGAAACUUUUUCAUAUUUUAAGCUAAAAGUUAGUCUCUCCCUGAAUCUCCGUAUAAUUCAUAUUACUUAGAUCAAAUUGCCUGAGUAUAAAAAAAUUCUCAUCAUGAUUUUUAGCAAUCAAAGUAAUGUAAUUAACUUAGAAAGAGGUAAUGCACAUGGCCGCAGUAGUAUUUGUAAAACACUGACACGAUUUUUUUCAUUUUGCAGUCUCUACUUAUUGAUAGAAUUAUCUCUAGUAAUACUUUCAUAUUUAUUGACUUCAGUAUUUAGACUGUUUGCAUGAUACUUUACAUUUUACGAAAUAAUUUUAUAAAAUUAUGUUUCAUGAUACACUGAAAGAAAUAAGAAGAAAGGUAGAAAAAUGUAUACGUUUUUUUUCUUUCAAUAUUUUGUCAGUCUGAUGAAAGGUCAAGUAAAUUAUUUCUUUGACUUAAAACCGCCGAGCCAGCAUGAAAAGAUUUAUGAAUUUGGAAUAGCAUGUGAAUAUUGUACGAGUAUCUAGUCUCUGCUCUCACAUUUGUUAUAAUAUGUUUGUAAUAACAGAAUAAGUUCACUGACUUUACAGCAAACUUCAAUUUUCCGAAAUUGGAUCGUGCGUAGGUACCCCUAUCACUGAUAGCAGCCACACCUGAACCCAUUUCUGAUAUCUGCUGGUUCCUGAUAAUUUUUCACAUGAAAUUGCGAUAACACGUUGAACCUGUUAACGUAAACCUAAAACAAAAUAACUUACUUUUUAAUACUAUUUUAAAAGCUUUUUCCGGAGAAAUUACGCACGUGGGAAUUUUAUUUAGCGCUGUAAAUGCAAAUACAAGAAAAAGACAUGUAAAGACAAGAAUCGUCUCGCGUUUAAGUAGAUGCGUAUGUUUUUUAUACCUAUAGUACUUAUAUAAAUAAUAAUUAAAUCUGUAUCCCUUGCGACGUAGAAAUAAAAUAAGAUUCAAAUAGUGACAGGUCGCCUAUGCAUAAUUCAAGCCAAAUUUAGUGACCUUGUAAGAAGUAGCUAGUAGUUUCGGCUUUAUUAUUUCUAUUAUAUAUUAUGCUUCUAUUUUUUUAUAUAUUUUAAUUUAUUAUUGAAAAUCCGUUUAGAAAUGUUUAAUGGAAGAGUAACAAACACACACACAUACGUACGUAUGUGUGUCAUACACCCUUACCAACUUUCAUCAUAUUGCUGACUCUCAAUGUAUUAUUCAUUAGAAUACUUAUUAUUAACUAAUAAAUUCAAAUUAGAAUUGAAGUAAACUUUCGGACUCGCUAGGUAUUUUGAAUAUUUUGUCAUAGUGUUUUCGUACAUUUUUCUUCAGACAACAGACAAAAUAAAUUAAGUUUCUCCUUGCGUACAGAGUUUUGACUGUACAUUGUCUUUCAACUAGUCACUAACGCAACGUAACGCAAGAAUAUCAUUUCAUGAAUUGAUUAGAAUCAUCAAUGAUAAAAAUAUAUACACACAUGAAAUCACACCUUUGUCCCGGAGGGGUAGGCAGAGAUAUCUUUCUAAUUGCUACGAUCUCUGCAUUAUUCCAUCUCUUUUUCCAAAUUCUUCUCUCUUUUUCAUAAGUCUUUUCAUGCAAGCUCGGUUGCGUAAACUCUUGACCUGACCUUUUGUCAGAUUAUUUACUUUAUAGGUACGGACGUCGGAUUAGUAUUACAAUUUAAGAAACUGUUUGUUUUUACUUUAAAUAAUUACUUAAGUGAUAUAAUUGUGUGAUGCUAAUAAACUUUCAUUCAUUCAUUCAUUCUAAAUUUAGAAAAUCAGGAUAUUUCAUGUUAUCUACAUAUAUAAUAGAGGACACCUACUGACUGAUGACUGACUUAUCAAUGCACAGUCCAAAAAAACUGAUGGGUUAAGAGAAAUUUGAAAGUUAUCUAGUUAGGUGUAGGAUGUUUAGUAGUCGAGCUAUUUCCAAGAAUUCCCGUGAGAAGGGAAGUUAGGAGGAUUUUAAUGUGUAUGCGGGUAGAGCCACAGGACGUAGGCACUCUAGCGUUUUACAUACUUACUAUUACUUUUAUAACUGUACUUAGUAGGAAUAGAAAUUUUUGGAAGGUUAAUUUUCUUUAAUACAUAAAAUGAUGCCACAUAAUUAUUUGUGCAGUUUUAUUAGAUUGAAAAGAAAUGUGUUCGCGUCAUUGUUACAAUAGUACACACUUUAUCUCGUUUUUUAGACUUUAUUUGUUGAAGGCGCACGAUAAUGAUAAAGAUAAGUACAAGUUGACAGUUUUAUCGAACACCUACGCCUGAAAAGAACUUUGCUUCAGGAAGUAAUACCAUUUUGAUUCGGUAUAUAUAUGAAAAGGCAACACCGAGACGAAGAAGGUCAAAUAUUUGACAAAUGGCCGAAUCAUCUGUCACUUCCUCAGAUUGGAAUAAAUAUCGUAGGGCUUACAAUUUAAUCUCAUAAAUAAUGGAUGAUACUUGUCGCCUGUGUUGUUCGACAAAGUAUGUGAAUAACAAUAUAUUUGACGAGGAAACCGCAUUAUAUUUAAAAAUGGCACUAUACCUUCCUAUAAAGGUGUUCAAGAAUGACCGGCUACCUCAGAAGAUAUGCGACAAGUGUAGCUGCAAGGUUAACGAUAUUUAUCAGUUUUGUAAUGAAACAAUUGAAGUUCAAAAAAGGUUACAAUCUAUGCUAUCAGUAGAUUAUGAGGUAAAAGAAUCUGUUGACAUAACUCUAGCAACAUCUGUAAGCGGAGUUAGAAAUUGUGAUCAAGGCACUCAGACAGACAGUGAGCCGUCCAGUUUGUCUGUUUCUGUCAAAGUCAAACAGGAGCCGUUUCCAGAUUCACCGGAGCCUGUGAAACAAGAGCUUGCUGUAGAAUCAGAUAACAAUAAGGAUUUUAGCACAUUAAAUGAUAAUGUCAAUGAUGACUUCAAUGACCACGCCGAUAUCCCAUCAGAUAAUAGUGAUAAUAUAUCUCUGCUUAAUCUCAAGAAGAAGAAAAAGAGUAAGAGAGAAGUGAACGGGCAAGUAGAGAAGCGGGGCCGUAAAAAGAAGCCUAAGUUGAAUGACUGGAAUGUACUUAUAAGUGAAUUGCCAGAGGGCGCUGAAUUUGGUGUGGAAAAUAAUAAAGUUUCAGGUAAAGACAUAGAAGUGAAGCGUGAGCAUCUAGAAGAUUUGCUGGAGCCUCCGGAGGUGAAGAAGGAGCCGGAGGACGUGUUCCAGUGCUGCAUCUGUUUCCUGCAACUGUGCAGCCGCUCCGACAUGCUGCAGCACUAUAAACAACACGCGGUAAGCGCGGACGCGAGCGCCGCGCCGCCGCCCGCGCCGCCCGCGCAAGGGCCGCUGCGCUGCGUGCGCUGCGGGAAGGUGCUGCAGAGCGGCGAGUGGGCGGCGCACUGGGCGCGCCACUGGGAGCGCGACCGGCGCCCGCUGCGCUGCGCGCUGUGCGAGAAGACGUUCCGCGACGCGCACCAGAUCCUCAAGCACGGUUUAACACACAAAGUGGGCGAGGAAGGCGCGGAGCCGGCGCCGCUCUCCAAGCGGUUCAUCUGCGACCUGUGUCCGGAAGGGUUCGUGUAUAUGAGACACCUGCUGUCGCACCGGCUGCGCAGCCACCCCGAGGCGGCGGCGCGCGCGCUGGCGCUGCGCUGCGCCGAGUGCGGGCGCACGUUCGCGCACCUCAACUCGCUGCGCCGCCACCUGCGCGCGCACUCCGGGGAGCGCAACUUCCUCUGCAACGUGUGCGGGAAGGCGCUGUCCUCGAGGGAGCACCUGAAGUUCCACAUCAGGAUACACACGGGGUACAAGCCCAACGUUUGCAAGACAUGCGGUAAAGGUUUCGUGAAGAAAUGCAACUUGACUCUACACGAGCGAGUGCACUCCGGGGAGAAGCCGCACGUGUGCUCGCACUGCGGCAAGGCGUUCAGCCAGAGGUCCACGCUCGUCAUACACGAACGUUACCACAGCGGGGCGCGGCCCUACGUGUGUGCUCUGUGCGGGCGCGGGUUCGUGGCCAAGGGACUGCUCUCCAUGCAUCUCAAGAGCACGUGCAUCUAGCGGCACACGGCACUGUGUGACGCAGGAACAGUGAGUAGUGGGACUGCUCUCCAUGCAUCUCAAGAGCACGUGCAUCUAGCGGCACACGGCACUGUGUGACGCAGGAACAGUGAGUAGUGGGACUGCUCUCCAUGCAUCUCAAGAGCACGUGCAUCUAGCGGCACACGGCACUGUGUGACGCAGGAACAGUGAGUAGUGGGACUGCUCUCCAUGCAUCUCAAGAGCACGUGCAUCUAGCGGCACACGGCACUGUGUGACGCAGGAACAGUGAGUAGUGGGACUGCUCUCCAUGCAUCUCAAGAGCACGUGCAUCUAGCGGCACACGGCACUGUGUGACGCAGGAACAGUGAGUAGUGGGACUGCUCUCCAUGCAUCUCAAGAGCACGUGCAUCUAGCGGCACACGGCACUGUGUGACGCAGGAACAGUGAGUAGUGGGACUGCUCUCCAUGCAUCUCAAGAGCACGUGCAUCUAGCGGCACACGGCACUGUGUGACGCAGGAACAGUGAGUAGUGGGACUGCUCUCCAUGCAUCUCAAGAGCACGUGCAUCUAGCGGCACACGGCACUGUGUGACGCAGGAACAGUGAGUAGUGGGACUGCUCUCCAUGCAUCUCAAGAGCACGUGCAUCUAGCGGCACACGGCACUGUGUGACGCAGGAACAGUGAGUAGUGGGACUGCUCUCCAUGCAUCUCAAGAGCACGUGCAUCUAGCGGCACACGGCACUGUGUGACGCAGGAACAGUGAGUAGUGGGACUGCUCUCCAUGCAUCUCAAGAGCACGUGCAUCUAGCGGCACACGGCACUGUGUGACGCAGGAACAGUGAGUAGUGGGACUGCUCUCCAUGCAUCUCAAGAGCACGUGCAUCUAGCGGCACACGGCACUGUGUGACGCAGGAACAGAUGGACCCCAAAUCAAUUAGACUGAACUUCGAUGUGAUUCAUGUAAAUAUAUAUAUUGUAAGAUACAGGAUACUUCGUGUAAAAACCUAAUUCACCCAAUCCAUUGUCCAUGGUCAAGGACGUACCCCGGGCUCUUCUCCAGAAUAGUAAUAUAUACAUAUAGUAACGUCUAUUUCCGUUGCGGGAUAUACAAAGCCAAUAGUCCUAAAUGGCAAAACAUAGUGAAGAAAUCUGCGCACAUUUAGACAACUGAAUGUGCAGCCGCGAUCCUAACUGGUUAGGUUCCUACGUUAUCAAAGCUACGUUGUUUAAAUCUAAUGUUUACAUUGUUAAACCAAUAAGUAACCAUAACAUAAGGAUGCCCUGAUGUCAAAGAAUGUAAUUUCACUUUUGUGAUACAAUUAAACUAAUAUUUGAUACUAAACAAUAGAAAUUUUGCCUCAUACAGCAACUGACACUUUUUAGUCUCUCAAAUAUGUUGUUUUCAUUGCACAAAGUAAGUGUAAAAUGUAUAAUUAUUGUCUGCCCUAGCGACGUAAAUACGCAACAUGUUCCUCGUAAAUAAGCUUAAGUAUCUUUAUAGAAAUGUACUUUUUCACAAUUAACUUUAUUAAAUCAAAUAAUUUAUUUGUAAAAACUUAAGUGUUUCUUGGAAGUAUGCAUCUGCUUUCAAAACGAAGAUUAUUUACCUCAAGACGGUGUCAAACCGUGACCACAGAUUUAUUUAUAGUACUAGUUUAUAGAACUGACACCCAACUUCCACUUGCUCAAAUACGUCACCCCACACCCUACUGGGUGGUAAGGCACAGGUACAAAAUGAGCAAAUGUGUAAAAAGCAGCUUUUGGAUAUCGCAAACAGAUUUGCAAACAGAAUUUCUUUUCAAGUUUGAUAACCAAUGAUUACAUACAUACAUACAUAAAAUCACGCCUCUUUCCCGGAAGGGUAGGCAGAGACUACCUCUUUCCACUUGCCACGAUCCCUGCAUACUUCCUUUGCUUCAUCCACAUUCAUAACUCUCUUCAUGCAAGCUCGGCACUUUUGACCUGACCCUUUACCAGGACGUCCUUAAUUUGAUCAAGAUAUGUUCGUCUAGGUCUUCCCACCCCGACCUUUCCCUCCACACUCUCCAUGUAUAUCUGCUUAGUCAACCUGUUUUCAUUCAUCCUCUCCACAUGACCGAACCAUCUCAACAUACCCUUUUCUAUUCCUGUAACUACAUCUUCUUUCACAUCACAACAUUCCCUUAUCACGCUGUUCCUUAUCCGGUCACUCAAUUUCACACCUAACAUACUUCUUAACGCUCUCAUUUCCACUGCAUUUAUUCUGCUUUCGUGCUUCUUUUGCCAUACCCAACAUGCCAUACACAACAUAACAACACACCCAUAUACAACAACCAAUGAUUGUUUAAGCGAAAUCCAAUCUUGAGCUAUCUUGAGGUGGGUAUUCUCAGGUGUACCUUUUUAUUUCUGCCUGGCUCUCAAGACAGUGGGGAGACAAACGAAUGGUUCGAUACUUUAAAAAAAUUACUUGAUAAUUGAAUUACAGAGUGGAUUUUUAAGGAUUUGAUCAACUCUUCAUAGAAUUGUGAAAUGAAAAAUAUUUUUUACUGUCUCUUCAGCUAUUAAUUUAAAGUACCAAUGUUACGUAUAAUACGUACGCCGAAUUUUAAGUACCAAUUUUAAUUUUGAGUAUUUAAUGUUCUAUAACUUAUGGUAAUAUUCAAAUACCCCUGUUUAAAAAUCCUCUCUAGUUUAUAGCUGUGAUCAAUUUAUAACGAACAGCUAAUAUUUGUAUAAGGAUGAUGCGACAAGUGCCUCAACAUGUGAUAUGUUUAGUAGGUAGUUAUUAAAUUAAAGGGCCUUCGUACUCUUAGUGGCCGGAGUUAGCCUGCAGGAACUGUCGAACCCGUUAUGAGUAAAGACGUGCUGCGAAGUACAAUAAGAAAGGCAACGAAUUAGAUGUUGUUUAUUUCUUAUAUUUUGUCAUUUAAAGAGAUGGAUGUGGGAAAAUAUUUGUUCUUAUGUUACGUGGCUAUUUUACACCAUUAUACAAAAAUACGUAAUACAAAAGUUCGUGAUUGAUUGAAUUCUCUAGAAGAGAGUGAAGGCCUUUACAAAAUAGUAAUAUAAGUACUUAGUUGUAUAUAAUGUCCUGUAAAUACAAGUUUGAAUGGCUUACGUCCAAUACAUAAGCUAAAUCUUCGUGCGUUUUAAUCAUACAGAACCUUUAAUUUGGCACAGAGCGCACAAUCAUUGUUAUAUGUAUUAAGAAAAUAAUGUCAAACAACCUAUUUCAAAUGAGCUGAAAUCGGAAAAUAAAAUGUCAA